UCAUUCCACUGUGAGGGUUUUGUAUGAGAAGCUGUAACCUAUAUUCCUGCUCUUGGUGGUCAGACUACAAGAGUGUGUGUGUGUUGGUUUUGGAUUUUCUUCAUUUUUUGUCAAAGCUGAGUUUGGACCUCAUUUUAAUCACGGAACGCAUCCCAAUCAAGUCAGAGCAUGCUGCGAUGCCUUCUGCACUCAGCCAGGAAUCUUCCCAAUGUGGAAAAGAAAGACAGACACAGUGACCCAGUCGUGACUCUGAGCUUCAAAGGCGUAAAGAAGAAGACCAAGGUGAUUAAGAACAAUUUAAAUCCAGUCUGGAAUGAGGGUUUUGAAUGGGAUUUGAAAGGAACACCACUGGAUGCAAGUUCGGAGAUCCAAAUCGUGGUGAAAGAUCAUGAAACGAUGGGUAGAAACAGGUUUCUGGGGGAGGUACGAGCCUCCCUGAGGGAUGUCCUCAGCUCCCCGAACCUUAUGGCCAAGUACAGCCUGGCUUUGCUGGACACAAAGAAACAGAACACUGGGGCUGUCAUAAUUCUGCAGGUCUCAUACAUACCUCCUCCAGGGGCUGCACCGUUAUUCCCACCAACACCAGCUCAACCUGAGGCGACAGCGACAGAAGCGUUAGGGGACACUGAUGAACCUACUGACACUGCCGGUGAGGGAGAGGAGGACACGGAAGAUCCUUUGGCCACAGGUGAUGAGGGUGAGUCCACACCGGGGAUACCAGGGACAGAGAUGCCCGCAAUGCCAAAGAAACCACCAUCCACCAUGAUCCAUGGCAUCAGGAAAAGGAAGCGCCCAACCAAGGUUCUGCUCCCGAACAAACUGCAGGACUUCCAGGUCAGAGUGUGUGUUGUUGAAGCACGCCAACUGCCAGGUAUCAACAUCAGACCGGUCAUUAAAGUUACAGUUGCUGGCCAAACCAAGACAACACGCAUUCGUAAGGGAAAUAAUCCCGUCUUUGAUGAGACAUUUUUCUUCAACUUCUACGAGACACCUGCUGAUCUCUUUGAUGAGCCGAUUUUCAUUAUGGCCUAUAACUCACAUUGUCUGCGUAUGGACUCAGUGAUCGGAGAGUUCAAGCUGGACAUUGGGGCAGUUUAUUCAGAGCCAAAGCAUGCCUUUCUCAGGAAAUGGCUCCUCCUCUCUGAUCCUGAUGACCUGGCUGCUGGGGCCAAAGGUUACCUGAAGGUCAACCUCAUUGUGCUGGGACCUGGUGACGAAGCUCCUAUGGAGAAGAAAGAUAGUUCUGAAGAUAAAGAAGAUAUUGAGGGGAACUUGCUCCGACCCAGCGGAGUGUCACUGAGAGGAGCCUAUUUCAUAUUGAAGGUUUACAGAGCAGAGGAUCUGCCACAGAUGGAUGAUGCUGUUCUCGAUAGUGUGAAGCAGUUCUUUGGAUUCGACAGCAGCAAGAAAAACCUCGUCGAUCCUUUUGUGGAAGUGAACUUCGCCGGGAAGAUGGUUUGCAGUAAGAUCAUUGAGAAAAACGCCAAUCCACAAUGGAACCAGACCCUUAUGUUACCGAUCAGGUUUCCAUCCAUGUGUGAAAAGAUGAGAAUCCGGCUCAUUGACUGGGAUCGUUUAACCCACAAUGAUGUGAUUGGCACAACUUACUUAUGUAUGUCAAAAAUCUCUGCUCCAGGAGGAGAGAUUGAAGAUAUAUGCCCAGUGAAGCCUGAAACCAUUGGUGGCUUGGACGAUGGCCUGGGAUACCUUCCAUCCUUCGGACCCUGCUUUGUGAAUCUGUACGGCAGUCCCCGAGAGUUCACUGGCUUCCCUGACCCAUACGUUGACAUGAACCUGGGAAAGGGGGAGGCGAUGGCCUAUCGAGGUCGAGUCCUGCUGGAGCUGAGCACCAAACUUGUGGACCAGAUGGAGCAGAAGAUUGAGGAGAUCCCAUCUGAUGAUCUCUUAAGAGUUGAGAAACACCUCCGCCGCCGUAAGUUCCACCUGUGCGCUGUCUUCUAUUCGGCCACCAUGCUACAGGAAGUGAGCGACGCCAUCCAGUUCGAAGUUAGCAUCGGUAACUACGGCAACAAGUUCGACGCCACUUGCCUGCCCUUAGCCUCCACCACCCAGUACAGCCGUGCAGUGUUCGACGGAUGCCGUUAUUAUUUCCUACCCUGGGGUAAUGUGAAGCCAGUUGUGGUGCUUUCGUCAUACUGGGAGGACAUCAGCCACAGGAUUGACGCACUGAACAUCCUACUCAAUGCCGUAGACAGACUUGAAUCCAGUCUGGAGCUGGUCCAUCUUGCUUUCAAGGCGAAAAGCCCAGAGAGUGAAUUAAAGAGAAGAAUCGAUGAACUCAUUGACAUUGUCAUCACUGACUGCAGCCUACCUCUUCCCAGUGUACCGAACAUUUCAUCAGCAACCUGCCUGGAUGGUCAUAUCUACAGGUUCCGCACCACAAACCUACGACAGAUCACGCAAGCUGCAGAGAACCUCAAACAUGAGGGCAGCGUAGAUCUGCAGUUCAUCCUGGAUCAGGCUGAAGAUUGGCUUGUUCGACUCAAGAGCAUGGCUGAGGAGCCGCAGAACAGCCUGCCCGACAUUGUGAUCUGGAUGUUGCAAGGAGAUCGGCGAACUGCCUAUUACCGAAUUCCUGCACACGAGGUUCUCUACUCCCGCAGAGCUCCCUACUGCUCCGGGAAAAACUGCGGACAGCUUCAGACAAUCUUCAUGAAGCAUCCACGGAACAGCUCCAAAUUCGAUAAGAUCCCGGGCCAGGUACGAGUGCGGAUUUGGUUUGGGUUAGCAGCAGAUAACAAGGAAUUUAACCAGUUCACCGAGGGCAAGCUGUCAGUGUUUGCAGAAACGUAUGAAAACCAGACCAAGUUGGCCCUCGUGGGGAACUGGGGUACGACCGGGCUCACCUACCCCAAAUUCUCCGAUGUCACUGGAAAGAUCAAGCUUCCCAAGGAUUCCUUCCGGCCUUCGGCAGGCUGGGCCUGGGCAGGAGACUGGUUCAUCUCCCCUGAGAAAACCUUGCUCUACGAUGCCGAUGCUGGUCACAUGACGUUCGUUGAGGAAGUGUUUGAAAAUCAGGCCCGGUUGCCGGGGGGACAGUGGAUCCAAAUGUCUGAGGCCUACACUGACAUAAACGGAGAGAAGGUGUUACCUAAGGAUGACAUUGAGUGCCCCAGUGGCUGGAAAUGGGAAGAUGUGGAAUGGUCCACUGACCUUAACCGAGCUGUGGAUGAACAAGGCUGGGAGUAUGGAUUCACCAUCCCCCCGGAUCGGAAGCCCAAAUCCUGGGCCCCGGCAGAGAAGAUGUACCACACAAACAGGAGGCGCCGUUGGGUCCGAAUGCGCAGGAGGGAUCUUCAACAAAUGGAAGCGCUCCGCAAGACCAAGGCUGAAGAUUUAGAGAUGGAAGGCUGGGAGUACGCGUCUCUCUUUGGUUGGAAGUUCCACCUGAAGCAGAGGAAGACUGACAGCUUCCGUCGCCGGAGGUGGAGGCGCCGCAUGGAGCCCCUGGAGAAGGCCGGACCUUCCGCAGUCUUCGCCCUGGAAGGUGCACUGGGCGGUGUGACAGAUGACAAGAGUGAGGAGAAAUCAAUGUCAGCCCUCAACCUGGGUGUGAAUACGCCCACCGUCUCCUGUAUAUUUGACUUUGGAACCAGAUAUCAUCUUCGAUGCUACCUUUAUCAAGCGAGGGAUCUGAUUGCAAUGGAUAAAGACAGCUUCUCUGACCCAUACGCUAUCGUCUCAUUCCUGCACCAAAGCCAAGCGACUGUCACGAUGAAAAGCACCUUGAACCCCACCUGGGACCAGACACUCAUCUUCCAUGAAGUGGAGAUUUUCAGUGAAUCCAACAUCACCACCAACACUCCUCCCAACAUUGUGGUUGAAUUGUAUGACCAUGACACCUAUGGAGCUGAUGAGUUUAUGGGGCGAUGUAUCUGCAGACCAUCUCUUGAAGCCUCUCCAAAGUUGGCGUGGUACCCAGUGAGAAGGGGCAACAGAAAUGCAGGGGAACUUCUGGCUGCCUUUGAGCUCAUUCCACGAGAGAAGCGUACAGUGCAUCGUAUUCCUGGUGUGAAGGAGGAAUUUAGCACACUGAAGGAGCUCCUGGUCCCGGAUUUCUUCUGUGAGGGUCUGCUACGAUGGGAGGACGACACGGACCUACCUUACCCACCCCCACAGCGGGAACCCAAUAUCUACAUGGUGCCCCAAGGGAUCAAACCUGUCCUGCAACGCACUGCCAUUGAGGUUCUAGCCUGGGGCCUGAGGAACCUGAAGAGCUACCAGCUAGCAAGCGUGUCCUCUCCCAGCCUCAUCGUGGAGUGCGGAGGGCAGAUGGUGCAGUCCUCAGUCAUUAAAAAUGCCAAGAAGAAUCCAAACUUCAACAUGUCCAUCCUGUUCAUGGAAGUGCGCUUACCAAAGGAGGAGUUGUAUUGUCCAUCAAUCACUGUCAAAGUGAUUGAUAACAGGCAGUUUGGAAGACGACCUAUCGUUGGACAGUGCACCAUCAGGUCCCUGGUGGAUUUCUACUGUGACCCUUAUGUGGAAAAGAGGGAUUCUGCUGCUCUACAGACCGAUGGUCGAAGCCCCUCGUUCCGAGAUGAUGUGCUCAUUGAUAUCGAUGAUAGGCAGCCUCUGAUCACAAGCCAGUUUGCAGGCUGCAUGACCAGCUCAACCUUGAAUAAGUUCCCUUCUAUGUCCAGUCUUCAUGAAGACGAGUUUGUAGACUGGUGGAGCAAGUUCUACGCAUCAACGGGUGACACCCACAAAUGUGGAAUGUACCUGGAUAAAGGCUUCGACACACUUCAGGUCUACAAUGUUGAACUGGAGAAGGUCGAGGCAUUCGGGGGGUUAACAGAUUUCUGCCAUACCUUCCCUCUGCAUCGUGGGAAGGCUCAGGGUGAAGAUGAGGAUCCUUCAGUUGUGGGCGAAUUUAAGGGAAGCUUCAAGAUCUACGCUCUUCCAGAUGACCCAUCUGUACCCAACCCUCCUCGCCAAUUCUGCCAACUACCAGACAGUGGACUCCAGGAAUGUCUAGUCAGGGUUUAUGUUGUCCGAGCCUUUGGACUGCAGCCUAAGGACUCAAAUGGGAAGUGCGACCCGUACGUGAAGGUCUCCCUGGGUAAGAAAUCGGUCAGCGACCAGGACAACUACAUCCCGUGCACACUCGACCCAGAGUUUGGAAGGAUGUAUGAACUGACUGGAAACCUCCCCAUUGACAAAGAUUUGAAGGUCACCCUGUACGACUAUGAUCUGCUGUCAAAGGAUGAGAAAAUAGGCGAAACAGUGAUUGAUUUGGAAAAUCGUUUCCUCUCUCGAUUCGGGGCCUGCUGUGGCUUACCUCACACCUACUCCAUCUCCGGACCAAACCGAUGGCGUGACCAGCUCAGACCAAGCCAGCUCCUCCACAUCUACGCACAGAGGCAAGGCUACAAGCUGCCUGUGAUCACGGACAGUAAGAUCACGAUGGCAGGCGAGGAGUUCCUUCUGUCUGAUUUUGAGGAUGGGAAGCCCCUCAACACGCACCUGGGACCCCCCGAUGAGCGCCUGGCUUUGUAUGUGCUCUGCAAACAGGGCCUGGUCCCAGAGCAUGUGGAGACACGGGCAUUAUUCAGCCCAUUACAGCCUGACAUUGAGCAAGGCAAGAUUCAACUUUGGGUGGACAUCUUUCCCAAAUCACUUGGACCUCCUGGACCUCCAUUCAACAUCACCCCUCGCAAAGCGAAGCAGUUUUAUCUGCGUUGUAUCAUAUGGAACACCAACGAUGUAAUCUUAGAUGAUGUCAGUAUCACAGGAGAGAAGAUGAGUGAUAUCUAUGUGAAAGGUUGGCUUCUGGGCUAUGAAGGCAACAAACAGAAGACAGAUGUCCACUACAGGUCCAUGGGCGGUGAAGGAAACUUCAACUGGAGAUUCGUCUUCCCUUUUGAGUAUUUGCCGACCGAACAAGUCUGCUCCAUUGCCAAGAAGGAGCAUUUCUGGAGCCUGGAUAAGACACAGACGAAAAUUGCACCCGAGCUCAUCAUCCAAAUCUGGGACAAUGAUAAAUUUUCCUUCGAUGACUACCUGGGGUCAAUUCAGAUGGAUCUCAACAGAAUGCCCAAACCGGCCAAGUCUCCCGAGAAGUGUGGUCUGAUGGUGCUAGAGAGCGGGAAGCAUGUCUCUCUAUUUGAGCAGAAAUCAGUGAAGGGUUGGUGGCCCUGCGUUGCUGAGUCGCAAGGAGAGAAGACCCUUGCGGGCAAAGUGGAAAUGACCCUGGAGAUAGUGACAGAGGAGGAGAAGGAGGAGCGUCCUGCUGGACAGGGCCGCGAUGAGCCCAAUAUGAAUCCGAAACUCGAGGAACCAAAGCGUCCGGACACUUCCUUCCUCUGGUUCACCUCCCCCUUGAAGACGCUGAAGUACAUCGUCUGGAGGAAAUUCCGCUGGGUGAUCCUGGCGCUGCUGGUGUUCCUUCUCCUGGUUCUGUUUAUCGUCAUCUUCCUGUACUCUUUCCCAGAAUAUGCUGCUAUGAAGUUGGUGAAGCCUUUCAGCUGAGGCCUUCCAUGUGGAAAGGAGCAAUGUGAGGUGGAGCUUUCCAUGCCAAGGCUAUCCGCACUUCGCCUCCAAUAGUAACCUGUAUUUACAGGAAGCCUAUAGCCUUCAAAUAGGAAAUUACCAGCCUCGUGCCUCACGCUUGCAGCCAGUUUUGGGGUAGCUGGCCUGUACCAUCCUUGCUGGCGUUUCACUGCUUUUACACACUGUCAGCAUCUCAUUGGCAUUUGACAGGGGUGCCUGCUUCCACCAAUCUCCCUUGACUUAUCAUACGCUCCCUCUCUCUCUCUCUCUGUCUCUCUCUGUCCAAGCUGGUAUGCCGAGGCUCCAUCCAACAGUAGAUGAUGUUGCAAUCAGGAAGACGCAAUGGGGAAGUAGAGCUGCCUGUUCUGUGCGUGCUGUAUGGUUCCUUGGCUUUAGACCGGGAGUUAUUACUUUCAUUGCAAUUUCCUUUUCGACCCCCAUCCAACCCUCCACCUCAAGACUGAUCUCCUCACUCACUGGAGACAAUCAGACCCCAGUCUAUGACCCACCAAGGUAAUGGAGGGUAAUGGGAGCCAGGCCUGUAGGGAGUGGCUGUAGGCACAAAGAAUGCCUCAUAGAUAUCUGCGCACCUUCCAUUGAAACCUCAAUGCCACAAAGGACAUGAAUCAAGGACGCUCCCAUUAAAGAUGGUGCCUCAUGCAUGACGCGGCAUCAAGCCCUUCCAAAGACAUCACCGACCAUGUUAGAUAACAAAUCUGGAACCUGAAUAUUCACCCACUAAAUCUGAUCACUGGCUCACUCUCUGUAUCACCCUCUGUUUUUAUUCAUUGCUGGGACGUGGCUAGCCCAGUGUUUCUUGCCCAUCCCUAAUUGCCACUGAGAAGGUGAUGGUGAGCUGCCUUCUACUUUGUAUCAGAUUUGUUAGUUUAUCAGUUUUUUUGGAGAGCCCUGCUCUCAAGGGGAUAAUAAUGAUGUUACCACCUCAACAGGACAGAAUAGAGCUGAACUUUUUUUAAUAUGACAAUGUAUUAGCCAUGCAACAUUAUAGGACAAUAUUUAUUAUAGGAACUGCACUUACUCUGCUCGUAUCCACUCUACAAAACAGUGAAAUCUCAAUAAUCUGAAUGACCACUCAGUGUUUAGAACUGCUCCUCGCAGCAUCAGGGACCUGGGUUUGAUUCCACCCUCAGGUGACACUCUGUGUGGAGUUUGCACAUUCUCCCCGUGUCUGUGUGGGUUUUCUCCGGUUUCCUCCCACAGUCCAAAGAUGUGCAGGUUGGUGGAUUGGCCAUGCUAAAUUGUCCAUAGUGUCCAGGGAUAUGCAGGCUGGUGGGUUAGCCAUGGGAAAUGCAGGAUUACAGGGACUGGGUAGGCAAUGAGUGUGGGUGGGAUGCUCUUUGGAGGGUCAGUGUGGCUGAACAGCCUGCUUCCAUACUGUAGGGAUGCUAUGGUCCACACUGGGGCUUAGAUAUCCCCUCUACCCGCCGGCCUGGAUAUCUCCAUCCACACUGGGGCUUAGAUAUCCCCGCUACCCACGGGCCUGGAUAUCUCUAUAGAGGGACCCAGAGACUUCCCUCUGUACUUGGAACAAAGAACAAAGAAAAUUACAGCCCUUUGGCAAGUCUGUGCUGAUGUGCUGCCUGUCACAACUAAAACCCCCUACCCUUCUGGGCGCUGUAUUCCUCUAUUCCCGUCCUGUUCAUGUAUUUGUCAAGACACCCUUUAAAAGUCACUACAAGUAUCUGCUUCCACUACCUCCCCCGGCAGCGAGUUCCAGGCACCCACCACCCUCUUGUGCCUGGAGAUUCCUUUCUCCCUGGAGCCUGGGGGUGCCUAAAAUAAUGUGAUGUGGUUUGCAGAUGUAAAACAUGCCAGAGAAAUGCACUAUCUUUCUGGCUACACAAAGAAGCCCUUUCAAUUCUUGGAGAAAUCCAAAUCAGGAGGGUGAUCAGGAAGGAUCCUUUCUCACAGAUGUUUGGUGGUUACAGAACUUGCUGAAACUUAUUGCCUUGCCCUUCAUCAGGACCAAUGCAAGAAUGCCCAAUUUCAGUCACUACAAUUUAGGCUGUUGGAGGUUAAAGGGUUGUCAAGCCAACUCUGAUUGGUCAAGGCACUGCUACGGAGACAGCAAAAGCAGAUCUCAAGUUCCUGGGUAAUUGAAUUGAUCGUGUUGCCUUGGUUUGCAGGGAAUGGAUCCCUGUGUGGAUAUGUGUGUCAUGUAUUGUGAGUGUACAUGAUCCACGUGAAGAGCUGCCUGUUCGCUGCACUGGGCCAGAGGAGUGUGGAAGAAAAAUCUUCAACAGCUUGUUUCUGUCCCAACAAGCCUUGCCCCUCAGAUUGAGGAGGAGAGGUCUGGCAUUCUCUACCCCGAAAAUCUAUGGAUGUGGGCAUCAGUUGGCACUUGGAAGACUGAGACCCAUGGGUUUUUGUUCGACAAGGUGUAAAGGGGCAAAGAUGUGUAGGUGAGGUGGGGAUGAUCUAGCAGAGUAUAAUGUACACAAGAAGCUGAUUGGUCCUAAUAUGCCUGUGUUGCUGUAUCCCAUGAUGUGAGGGCACCAAUUGGCUGUUUGGACUCUUGAUGACUUUUUCACGCCUGCAAAUUGGACACUGAAACACAACCGCCACACCCAUCCUUAUCACACAGUCCCUCCAGUGGUGGGCAGAAGGUGGUGAAUUGUAACAUGAGAGGGGGAUACUCGGAGUGUUGGUUAAAGCAAAGAAAUAACUGAUUUUAUUGUUGGUUUCUGCAA